CCGGUACGGUAGGUGGCAGUAAGGCAACAUUGUCAUCCCCCCAAAAAACAUAAGGACUGGGAAGAAGAAGUUAAAACAGUUGGCGGCUGAAAGCGGCAAAAGCUCUAGGCAACAAGACAGCUGAAGCUGUUAGCUUUUGUAAUCGGCCUCUUCAGUAGCUUUCUAGUUUGAACAUCACCAUCAUGGAAGAACUGUUCAACAAAGUCUUACAGGUUCAUGUGAAGCAUAAGGACUGCGAGGAAAGGAAAGCAAAUGUCCGUGCCACUAUUGAGCUGUCAACUACUCCAGUUCACAGAAGGGAUCUUCUAGUAAAGUUAACUGAUGAUGCAGACCCAUAUUUUCUUUUCACCCUUCCUAUAUCAGAAGAAGACUUCCAAAGUUUGAAAGUGCAGCAGGGUCUGUUGAUAGACUUUGCAUCAUUUCCUCAGAAGUUUAUUGACCUGCUUAACCUGUGUGACUUGGAGCAAGACUCAGACAAUCCCAGGUUUCUCCUUCAUUUGACAUGCCAGUCUACAAUGGUGGAGGGCUGUGCCACCUUCAGCGUAGUAGAGACAAAUGCUUUCAAACACUUGAACCACUUAUCUCUGCGGCUUAUUCAAGGCUCAAACAAAGAAGUGAAAGAAUAUUUGGCAGCCUGUCUGGCGUCUUUGAAGGCAGAAAAACAGGCUUUAGACAGGAAGCUCAAGGAGACUGAAGACGAUCUGUCUAGGCAGCUGAGUUACACUCAGCAGACUCUGUCUGAAAAGACUAAAGAGCUGGAGAAACUGCGGUCAGAGUGGACGAAUAAGACCAGCUCGCUUUCUAGCCGUCAUUCUGAGGAGUUGCAGUUAGAGAGGGAGAAAAUUUUAGAGUUGCAAAGCAGAUUUCAGCAUGAGACAGAGCAACUGCGUCAGGAGCUGGAGACUGCUCAUAGGAAGAGCUCACAGCAGCUCCAAAGCAGACUGACUGAGCUGGAGACGUCCUGCAGGGAGCAGACUGAGAGGAGGUAUAAGAACGAGUCCAUCAUCCGAGACCUAAAAAUCAAACUAUCUGGGUCGGAAGAGGAAUGCCAGCGUUUAAAGCAGCAGGUCCUGAGUCUCAGGAGGGAGAACAGCACUCUUGACACAGAGGUCCAUGAAAAGGAGCGUGUAGUGAGCCAGCUGCAGGUCAGAGUGGCUGUUCUGGAGCAGGAGGUCAAAGAUAAGGAGAUGGUGAUGUAUCGCACCAAGGAGGUGUUGGAGGCCACUCAGCAGCAGAAGGAAUCAGUGGAGGAAAGUGCAGAAAAUAAGGAAGUUCAGUUGAGAAAACUUGAAGCAACAGUGAAAUCACUGUCAGAAGAACUGCUAAAGGCUAAUGGGAUAAUACAGAAACUGCAAGGAGAGGUUCGAGGUCUUGUUGGAAAAGUAAAGGUCAAAAAUACUGUGACUGUGUCACAGGAAAAAGUUCUUCGAGAGACGCAAGCUAAACUUGAAAGUGUUGACAAGGAUCUACAGUGUGCUCAGAGGCAGCUCCUAAGUAAGGAAGAGGAGGUCAAAGAACUGAAGGAGCAUUUGGAAAUGACAGUACAAAAGCUAAACGAAAGCAAAGAAGUUUUAAAAACAAAUGAAAAUGUUAUAAACUGGCUUAAUAAGCAGCUAAAUGAAGUUCAACUAUCCAAAAAGCCACUGCCUGCUGAACCUCUGGACAUUUCUCCAGGAUUAUCCACACUAACGGGACUCAGGGUGCAGUUUCACCCUCAGGCUGGUAAAUCUGCUGUCUCAUCAGACGUUACUCCUGCUGAUCACAGAGUUCGUCUGACACUCAACAGACAGUUCUGGUGUUUCCUCCUGUGGGCAGUGGAGAUUCUGCUGGUCUGGAUCCCAAGUACUUCAGCAACGGAGAGGAUGGCAUCUCAGCCUACUCUUUAUCAUCAAAUAUUAUCCAAAGAGAGUUGGCCCUGAAAACAAAGCCUUCUGGGACCUCUGCAUACUUCUCGUCAUGAGGAGGCCAGCACUUCCUCUGGUGUCAUCCCAUGUGUCUUAAGAGCUUUCCAUUAUAAACAAAACCAAUGCUGUACCUUGGUAUUUUAAUUUUUCAAAGCUUUUUGCUCUUAUUUGGUGUUGCUUUCCCAUGUUAUUGUUGUUCAACUUGUUUUUGUGACUCUUUGGCUUCAAAUUAAACUUUUCAAAAUGUUGAUUUUUCUUACUUUAAA